AUGUACAAGAACAACAACACCAAUAUGCAGAUAACUGCCCCUGGCACUAUCCAGUGCUUGUUGGAUACAUCCGAUCAGGGCAGUGGGUAUGUGAACGAUUAUUGGGCUGCGUUAGUAGAGGAAUAUAGGGCAUAUUUGCAGUGUCUGACGCAGUGGGCGAAUGAGAUGGGCCUUCAGUAUUCUUUCCAGGUAUCUUACAACAUGCCUCUCGAUGCAUUGACAAGUAUCUCAGAAGUGAACACGCCCGAAUGUGAAAGCCUACAAUUCCAGGACAGCAUCAAGGAUAUCGGUAACCUACCGGUUAUCACAGCGCUUUUGUGGGAAAUUAGUCGGGCCGUUGCUGGAGGCGUCAACCAGGAUUAUGUUGGUACAACGUGGCCGGGCAAUGCACCGUUUAAAUAUCUCGUCUCCGACCUUUAUUCUGAAAAGCAGCCUUCCUGGAACCAUGGGCAGCCGAAGUUCGAUGCCGUUGUUUAUAAUAAGGACUCAGCUACUGAUCCAACUUUUAGUACGCACUACAACGAGACCGAUCUAAUUGAUGAGGGUACGUUAACCACUUUAGCAACGGUCUACGACUGGAAGACCGCGUGCUAA